AACAUCGCUUACUAAAUUUAUCUUGAUGCGUAUAUCAUUCUAAAAACUUCUGAAGAACAUUUGAUUAUCAUAACAAAAAGUUUAAGCAUUUAACAAGUGAAGAAAAAAUAAUACCUUAAAUAUAUAAACUAAUGUGUAGCAUAUAUUGGUGUCUAUUAGUGACAUUUGCGUAUAUGUAAGUAGUGCUCCACAAAGCCAAUAGUUUGCCAUACAUACAAAGCCCAAAAAGAUUGAGAAUGGAUUGGAGGCAGGCGGAGAUUUUCGACUUGAUAUCCAUGUACAGAGAGUCUGAGUGCCUAUGGAAUUGUCUAAAUCGUGAAUAUAAAGACGUGGACUUGAAGAAAAAUGCAUGGAGGGAAAUCGCUAGAUUUUUCGGGAGAAAAGUGGAAGAUGUAAAGAAGAAAAUAAAAAAUUUGCGCACUAGUUACGUUAUAGAGAAAAAGAAAGUCGAAAGAAAGAAAUCCGAAUCAACUGUAUAUGAGCCCCGUUUAUUCUACUAUGAUGAAAUGACCUUUUUGGACCCUGUCGUAAUUUUACGAUUUUUUAAUCCUGCAGAACAAAAUGGAGAUCCUUUAAGUGAAAUGAAAAAACAGCGUUCUUCAAACGAAAGACAUAUGAUUGAUGAAAAGAAAAAGCGCAAAAUAUUCAGUAAUUCUGACACGGAGCGAUCACAUUCGGAGGUUUCUCCUAUAAAAAGACUGCGUGAUAUAAGCGAUGUAGACUUGGAUAAUGAACUAGAAGACGAAUUAGAAGCGGAAGAGCAUCUAAAUAAGGAAGAUACUUUUUGUGCAAUGCUUUGCAGUGAACUUAAAUCACUUAAAUCGGAAGACAUAUAUGACAAUGUGACAUCUGAAAUUUUUACCAUACUAAGGAAUGCGAAAAUGGCAGAACGUCAAAUCGUGUACCAACCCGAAGAGAUUACUAAAGUGGCUAGUAAAACCAUGUGAAAGCACGUUUGUUUAUGAAGGUGACUUUUUUAAGUCGGUCCUGCACCCAACACUAUUUGCGAAAUGUUUUCUACACUACCACAAAAAUAAAAUCUUCUAAAUUAAUA